AUGAAGGUAUUGUACAAGGAAAAGCCGAGGACAAUAGCCAUAUACUCCGAGUCUCACUCAUUGGUAUUCCAACUGUUGAAGGGCCUGAACAAUUCUGUUGCUGUGGAGUUGAUUCCUAAUGAACAGGUCACCAGAGAAAAAGGUUUUAGGAUUCUUGUCCAAAGGGAAAUUUCUGGUUGUCUCGGUUUGAUUAAUGUGGAGGAUCAAGUGUUCUUGGUUGUCAUUACCAGGGCUGUUCAAGAUGUGGCGAGUCCCGUUGAGUAUGAAUCGGUCGAUAGGAUCUAUUCUGUUGAAUUCAUAUCUCUAGUUUCAGAUGAAUGGGACUUCGUUAAUUUAGAUUCUAAUGGGUUUCCAAUAGUGACAGCUGCAAAUGGAACUCAGGAAGAAGAGACAUCUGACUAUGCAAGAUCGGUCCAUCCUUGUCAGGAAUUGAAGAAGUUAUUGUCAAACAGUACGUUCUAUUAUUCAAACAACUUUGAUCUAACAUCACUUUUACAAAAUAGAGGAAUUAUUGGUGACAGAAUCAAGAAUGGCGAUGGUGCUUCCGUUCGUAAAUUAGCAGUGGAACAUUACCAACAAGACUACAUGUGGAACUCAUUUAUGAUGGAGGAGCUUAUAAACUUCAGAUCAAACUUAGAACCCUAUGUCCAAUCUAUAUUGGAUGAUAAUCACUUCUUAACGACCGUUAUUCGUGGAUUUGCGAAGACUAUUCGCUUGAAUUCCUCGGGUGACUCUAUUUCCGUCAUAUCAAAACAAUCUUGGAGAAGAGCUGGAACAAGAUUUAAUGCAAGGGGAAUUGAUGAUAAUGGAUACGUUGCCAACUUUGUGGAGACUGAGUUCAUUUUCAAUUGUCCUUCCCAAUCUUCCAUUUUUGCAUUUGUGCAAAUAAGAGGCUCAGUUCCUACAUUUUGGGAGCAAGACUCAACGUUAAUAAAUCCAAAAAUCACUCUAACAAGAUCGUUGGGUGCAACCCAACCUGUUUUUAAUAAGCAUUUUAGUGACAUUUGCAAUAAGUACGGCGUUUGUCAUAUCGUGAAUUUGCUUUCGAAAACGAAAUCCGCCGAAGUUGCUGUCCUGCGUCGCUAUAAAGAACUCUACACCCAAUCUGAUCACCGGGAGGAGACAACCUUCAGUGAAUUCGAUUUUCACCAUGAAACAAAACCUGCGAGUGGAGGAUUUGCUGGUGCUUCGAAGAUUUUGGCAUUACUCCACCAGUCAUUAGAACAAUUUGGCUGGUUUUAUUAUGACACGGAACAGGGAGAAGUUUGUACCCGUCAAGAUGGUGUUUUCAGAACUAAUUGUCUAGACUGCCUUGAUAGAACCAAUUUGAUCCAACAAGUUAUUAGUCAGUACAUUUUGGAACAUAUAUUGAGAAAUCAAUCACUCAAUCACGGUAAUAGUUCAAGAGAUAGGGCACGGAUAGAGGACACAAUCAAUAGACACAACUCUUUGUGGGCUGACAACGGUGAUGCUAUAUCACAAAUUUAUACUGGUACAAACGCAUUGAAAUCAUCAUUUUCAAGAUCCGGGAAGAUGAACUUCGCUGGUGCUCUUUCAGAUGUUACCAAGUCUGUUUCAAGAAUGUAUCAGAACACAUUCGUAGAUGGGAAGAAACAAUCAACGAUGGACUUGUUACUCGGGUAUGACUCGAAAAAUUCCAUUCCAGUCCAGAUCUAUGAUCCAAUUAAUGAACAUGUUGCAGGAAAAUUGAAGAGCAAAGCCGGCAUUUAUACUACAUGGAAAGAUAUCAUUAUUUUUGCUGGUACAUACAAUGUUAAUGCACUAGAUCCAUCGUUCAGUUCAAUUGAUUUGUCUUCCUGGCUUUUUCCACCCGAAAACUUAGAUCUGGGACUUCCAGAUGUCUAUGCAAUAGGUUUGCAAGAAAUAAUUGAGCUAAAUGCUGGAUCCAUUUUAAAUGCAGAUGCAUCAAAGCCCACGAAGUGGGCAAACAUUUUAACAGACCAAUUGAAUUCUAAUGGUGAACAAUACUUAUUAUUGAGAACUGAGUCAAUGUCAUCUAUGUCAUUGUUCUUAUUCGUCAAACAAUCACAGGUUCAUAACGUUACUCAAGUGGCUGGAUCUUCUAAAAAGACAGGGAUGGGUGGAAUGACUGCAAAUAAAGGUGCAUGUGCCGUUCGAUUUGAUUAUGGACUGACCUCAUUUGCAUUGAUUACUUCUCAUUUGGCAGCAGGAACUGCAGCUGUCACAGAGAGGUUUAAUGAUUAUUCGACUAUUAUGCAAGGAUUGACAUUUACAAGAAACUAUACAAUUGCAGACCAUGAUCAGAUUAUUUGGUUUGGUGACUUGAAUUACAGGAUAUCAAUGACAAAUGAUCAAUGUCGAUCAUUAAUUGAACAUGGGGCUUUUGAUGAAUUGUUGGCAGUAGAUCAAUUAAAUCAGGAGAUGACACAGAAGGGAGCCUUCUAUGGAUUUAAAGAGGGAAGGAUCAAAUUCUAUCCAACUUAUAAAUUUGAUAAAGGGACAUCGAAUUAUGAUUCUUCUGAGAAACAGAGAGUUCCUUCGUGGACGGAUAGAAUUCUUUUCAAAAGCGCAAGGGGUAUCAAUGAUUUGAAGCAAUUGAACUACAAUUCUGUGAUGAGUAUUACACUCAGUGAUCACAAGCCUGUUUUUUCUACUUUAGCAGGCAAAGUUGAGUGUAUUGAUCGAGAGAAGAAGACAAAAUUGUUCAAAAGUUUGUAUGAUUCCUAUAAGUCAGAGCAUGGCAAUUCAGAUAUUUCUUUAUUGGACAUAGACUCUAGUUCUACUUCCAGGGCAUCGAACUCUUCGGCUAGCAGUACCUUUACUAUAGAUACGCUCUCCGAAAUGAACAUACUUGAAGAUAACUCCAGUCCAAGUCAAUUAGGCGCAACCAAAGCAAGCAAAUUACCAAGAAGGCUACCCCCAACCCCAAGUUCUAGAUCUCAAGUUCCUGACAGUUCUAGUUUUCCUCAGAAGCCAAUUCCUAGAAAGUUACCACCCCCUUUUGAUUUGGGCCAAAACCAGAACCCCCCAACACCCCCUCCAGCAAGAAAAACAAUUGCUAACUUAAUGACUGCAUCCUCAGAGUCUAUCAAGGUGCCAUUUGGAUUUUCCUCAGCACCUUUAAUUCCGAGCAGAUCAAACUCCACCACCCCAUCCAAGGAAAUAUCCUCUACCUCAGGCAACACUACGCAUUCGGAGUCCGUCAAACCAAUGAUACCAACGAAACCCACCAAUCUUGCCGGGAAUAAAUCACGAACGAGCGAUGUAUUGAGUCAAAACAGUUUCGAAUCAGAAUCGCAUAGAACUACCAAUGUCUCAACACCUACUGGAACAUUGCACGGGGAAAAUGGGGCAAAUGGGGCAAAUGUAAACGAAGAAACUCAUAAACCGAAUUUCGGCUCCUUAUCCGACUGGAAGCCAUUGAUUCCAAAGUAA